UUUCCCUCCACAGAGGCCAAUGGCAUCAUCACUACGGCUCGUAGCUUUGGCGUUGUUUUUGUUCUCAUUGUCGUUUUGUUUUGAGAUUGAAGGGCAUCCAAACUAUGGCGAUGCCUUAGCCAAAUCUUUUUUGUUCUUCCAGGGCCAGAGAUCGGGUCGGAUCCCUUCGGGUCAGAAGAUUUCUUGGAGAUCCAACUCUGGGUUGUCAGACGGUUCCGCUGUAAAUGUGGACCUCACCGGAGGCUACUACGACGCCGGGGACAACGUAAAAUUCAACUUCCCGAUGGCCUACUCGACCACGAUGCUCUCGUGGAGCGUGAUCGAGUACGGAAAACGCAUGCACAAGCAGCUCGCCAACGCCAGAGCGGCAAUCCGGUGGUCCACGGACUACCUCCUCGAAUGCUCCUCCUCGGUCCCCAGCAGGCUCUACGUCGGUGUUGGAGAACCCAACGCCGACCAUAAGUGUUGGGAGAGGCCGGAAGACAUGGACACACCGAGGAAUGUGUACUGGGUUUCGCCAGACAAGCCUGGAGACAAGCCUGGAUCGGAUGUCGCGGGGGAGACUGCGGCCGCCCUGGCGGCGGCGUCGAUGGUUUUCAAGAAGGCGGAUAAGGAGUAUGCAAAGAAGCUGGUGGCGACGGCGAAGAAGGUGAUGGAUUUCGCGAUGAAGUACCAGGGGAGGUACAGCGACUCCUUGGGAGGGGCCGUGUGUCCAUUUUAUUGCUCCUAUUCUGGAUAUAAGGAUGAACUGUUAUGGGGGGCUGCAUGGCUCUACAGAGUGACAAAUGAUGUGAAAUAUCUCAGUUAUCUGAAGUCAUUGGGAGCAAAUGAUGUUCCUGAUAUUUUCAGCUGGGAUAACAAAUAUGCUGGUGCUUAUGUUCUUCUUGCAAGGAAAAUAAUUGUAGGCAAGGAUAGUUCGUUUGAGCUCUUCAGACAGCAAGCAGAGAACUUUAUGUGCAAAAUACUGCCAGAUUCGCCUUAUUCAUCGACACAAUAUACCCCAGGAGGGCUUAUGUACAAGAUGAGCUCUGCUAAUCUACAAUACGUGACAUCUAUAAGCUUUCUGCUUUCUACUUAUGGAAAGUAUAUGAUGCCCUUUGGUCACACUUUUAAUUGUGGGAACCUCUCGGUGAAUGCAAAUACACUCAGAAAACUGGCCAAACGACAGGUGGAUUACAUCCUCGGACAAAACCCUCUAAAAAUGUCCUACAUGGUGGGCUACGGCCCACGCUACCCGCAAAAGAUACAUCACAGAGGCUCAUCAUUGCCUUCGAUCUUCACCUACCCAAACAAAAUUGGCUGCCAAGACGGAUUCCGAUACUUAAAUUCGGGCAACCCGAAUCCAAACAUGUUAACGGGUGCAGUUGUCGGUGGACCCGAUGGCAACGACGCGUUCCCCGAUGACCGGAACGACUACGCCCGCUCAGAGCCAACCACGUACAUCAACGCGGCCAUUGUCGGACCUCUUGCUUACUUGGUUGGGAGCUACGGAUGAUAAGAUCAACAUGUUGGCUGAUAUAUUUAUAACGUGGUUCGCGUUCACACCGCUACAAUUCUAAUCAUUGACAUAAUUAGAUCAUAAUUAUUAAUGUAACCUUCCUCUCAUUGGAGUUGAAUGUAAUGUUUGAUCUUAUCGGGUUCUUGAGUUUAUCCGAAUAACAAUAUUGUUUUAUGUUUUUCUUA